AUGACAACAGUCAAGAAGUUCGCUGUGGGCUGGGACCCGAGCAGGGAGCGCAGCAGGGGCAGUAAGGAGAUACAAAGUGAAGGCAGGUUGGUGAUACAAAGUGAAGGCAGUAAGGAGAUACAAAGUGAAGGCAGGUUGGUGAUACAAAGUGAAGGCAGGUUGGUGAUACAAAGUAAAGGCAGGUUGGUGCUACAAAGUGAAGGCAGUAAGGAGAUACAAAGUGAAGGCAGGUUGGUGCUACAAAGUGAAGGCAGGUUGGUGAUACAAAGUGAAGGCAGGUUGGAGAUACAAAGUGAAGGCAGGUUGGUGAUACAAAGUGAAGGCAGUAAGGAGAUACAAAGUGAAGGCAGGUUGGUGAUACAAAGUGAAGGCAGUAAGGAGAUACAAAGUGAAGGCAGGUUGGUGAUACAAAGUAAAGGCAGUAAGGAGAUACAAAGUGAAGGCAGGUUGGUGAUACAAAGUGAAGGCAGUAAGGAGAUACAAAGUGAAGGCAGGUUGGUGAUACAAAGUGAAGGCAGGUUGGUGAUACAAAGUAAAGGCAGGUUGGAGAUACAAAGUGAAGGCAGGUUGGUGAUACAAAGUGAAGGCAGGUUGGUGAUACAAAGUGAAGGCAGGUUGGUGAUACAAAGUAAAGGCAGUAAGGAGAUACAAAGUGAAGGCAGGUUGGUGAUACAAAGUGAAGGCAGGUUGGUGAUACAAAGUGAAGGCAGGUUGGUGAUACAAAGUGAAGGCAGGUUGGUGAUACAAAGUGAAGGCAGGUUGGUGAUACAAAGUGAAGGCAGGUUGGUGAUACAAAGUGAAGGCAGUAAGGAGAUACAAAGUGAAGGCAGGUUGGUGAUACAAAGUGAAGGCAGGUUAGUGAUACAAAGUGAAGGCAGGUUGGUGAUACAAAGUGAAGGCAGUAAGGAGAUACAAAGUGAAGGCAGGUUGGCGAUACAAAGUAACAGGAGGGCAGUAAGGUGCGGGGAGUAGGGAAUGGUUUCUCCAGCAUGAAGGAAAACAUCUGGAGCUUUACCAGCUCAGCCCUGGGCUCUGCUCUAGAACUAUCUAUUUGGUUUCAAAGCUCACACUCUCAAUGGAGGGAGGACUCAACAAAAUGACCCUUUAACUGAGGGAUGACAAGGUCCUAAACUUGGAUCUGUGUGGAAAGGUGAAGAACUUACAGCCAAGGAAAGAGGGAGAAGGGGAGGCAAGGGAGGGGUGUCCUUGGUGAUGGGGAGUAGGCCAGCAUGGUGGUGCAGGGUCCUAAGAUCUCCCUAUCCCCUCACAUUAAACCAGAAACCACAAGUUUUCUGUGAUGACCAACAAAGGGAUAUUUUGUGUGUCCUUUCUGAAGUUUAAUUGAUCAUUUAAAUGUAACGGGGAUACCACACUUGCCUAGAUUUCUCCAGAUGGUAUCUUCUAUGAGGAAGAUUAGGAUCCUGGACAUCAGGAGCUUGGAGAACAGGGGGAGAUGUGGACAAUCUCCAUUGGCCUGUUGUAUAAGUGGGAGUAACCUUUUUUCCAUUGGCUUCAUAACUGGGAUAGUCUGAGUCUUUAAAACUACCUGAUUGACUUUAUGUAAGUCACUUAACUAGUCUCUGCUACUCAGAUUUUCUGAUCAGCAAAAUGAAGUUGGGGGGGGGGGGUUGGAUUUAGUGACCUGCCCUUUUAACUCCAUGUCUAUGACCCUGUGAAAUUUCCUAAUAGUCAUAGUCUUUUCUCUCCUCACCUAGU